AUGAUAGCUCUAGUUGUCCUACGCCGUUCACUACAUCCGCGAAUCGUACCACGCAACGCUGCCGUUAUGGACAAGAAGUCUGGUGCCUACGGCGGCGCCGCAGGCGGAGGUGACACCGAUUUCCGCAAGACCUACGACCGCGAGAAAUACGCUGCCCUCGCCAAAGAACGCGAAGAGCGCGAGCGCGCCGAAGGCAAGGCCCGCUAUGAAGCUAAACAAGAAGGCCGCUCCUACCGGCGCCGCGCCUCUACGCCUGAAGACCUCAAGAUGACGGAAGCGCGCACCGGCCGCGUGGACGUAGCCUCGCUUGUUGGCAAGACCAUGCUUGUGCCCGCCGGCUCAGGCGUAGGCAAGCGCGGCAAAUCCGCAGGAUUCUACUGUGAGGCAUGCGAUAUCACGCUGAGGGACAGUCCAAGUUGGAUUGAGCAUCUGAAUUCGAAGCAGCAUUUGAGCAAUACGGGGCAGAGUAUGGAUGUAAAGAGGGCGACGCUGGAGGAGGUCAGGGAGAGGCUGAGGUAUCUUAGUCGGAAGAGGAGAGAGGCAAUGCAAAAAGAGGAGUUGGAUCUGGAUAAGCGGCUGGAUCAGCGGAAAGAGGAAGAAGACAAAGACCGGGAGGCAAAGCGGCAAAAGCGAAAUGAGAAAAGGCGGGCAAAAAAGGACGAUUGGGAGGGAUUUUGA